GGAACUGGAAGUGGAACGCUUGGCAAGCUUCGUCUGCGAUCUACGGGAACUAGCAGACGAAAUUCCAACACACGUGUUCGAAAUAAGCCACACUUCAGCAGGUUGAGUUUUUUGCUGUGGUAAAUCGCGAGUUUUUAAUUCUGGUUAAAACUAAGGACAUUUUUCACAAACUGUUCAGUCGGCUUUGCCGUCUUUUUCGACAAUUUUGAGAUGGGAGUGAUAACAGACGAAUCCGCAAAUUGCACUGAUAUGGAGAAGUUAACGAAAUUUUCCGUGUCAGUGGCCUUGCGACAAUUGGUAGAUCUCGCUUCAAGCAGCCCAGAAUUUGAUAAAUUAGCAAGUUACCUGACUAUGCCCAAGUGGAGCCCAUUUGUUGUGGAGAAAUGCUUGGAUGACGUGGCCCAGCUGCUUCUCUUCGAAAAGUCUUCACUUUUGGAUGACAUUGUACGAAUAUUUUCCCCAAUUCUUAUUGAACUAGUACAACGGGCAUCAUGCGUAGAGAUGUCACCUGAUGUAAAGCACCAUCUUAUGUGUGCUCUGUUUGGAAAACUCAUUACCAGAAACAAAGGAGUUUUACAAUUCAUUAUGCAAUAUUUCAAGACCAAUCCCUCGCCAUUCCAAUCUAAGUCUGGCUCAGAACCACCACAGAAAAAACCCAAAAAAGGAAAAUCACAAGUUUCAGAGCUAGAUCUUUGUGUGUCUAGCUAUAAUUUACUUGAAGCAGCUCCUGAGCACUUCAAGGAAAUGUGGGACUGGUCUUGUUUCAUAAAGAAAUUUUCCAACCACUCUGAUCCUGAGAUCAGAUGGAUUGUCUGCCAAUCAGUUGCCAGACUAAAUAGCAUUUCAGAAUUAGAGAAGCUGAAACUUGUUAUGCAAAGUGUUUCUGAAGAGGAAAACAGAACAUUUAGCUUGAAAUAUUUUGUCAAACAAGAGAAUUUUCAAGAAGAAAUCAGACAAACAAUCAAAGAUGAUAAAAUAACUAGCGAGAUCAGCAAAAACAUUCUCUCCAAAGCAAUCGUUGAUGUCGAAGGUGUGCUGUUACCAUGCUUUUCUCAGGAACGUAGUAAAGGUGAGAUGGUCGUCCCAGUGACGUCAACACGCAGCCACCUCCAAAAUUUGGCCCUUGCAAUCACUUCAAAUCUGCCUGUUCUCAUCACCGGACCAGUGGGAUGCGGAAAAACAACAUUGGUUGAACACGUUUCCUCUUUAACUGGAAGAACGAUUCAUAAUCAGGGACUUUUGAAAGUUCAACUGGGUGAUCAAACAGAUGCUAAAGUACUUUUGGGUACAUACCAUUCAACUGACAUACCGGGUGAAUUCGUAUGGACUGCCGGAGUUUUAACUCAGGCUGUUAGGGAAGGACGAUGGUUAUUAUUGGAAGAUAUUGACUAUGCACCAAUGGAUGUGGUAUCCAUGCUGCUUCCUGUCGUCGAAUCAUUGACACUCAAUGUUCCAGGACACGGUGACGUUAUCCGGGCAGCUCCCGGCUUUCAGUUAUUUGCCACCCAGCGGACCCACGGACAAUUUGAUGGACAAGCCACCAAUGCUGCCACCAUGCUUAAAAAAGUGUGGAGGCGUCUUGUGGUGGAACCUCUGUCACGAAGCGAGCUCCAGACUGUCAUCGACUCGCGCUUUCCAUCACUGAGCCCACUUACCGAAAAAUUACUAGACGCUUAUUAUUUGCUAAACGAAAACCAAUCUAGCACUCGUUUAACCGUCAACGACCGCUCUUUAUCUCCCCGCGACUUUUUCAAAUGGUGCAAUCGCAUUGCAGCAGAAUUCCGACUGGACAAUACUUCGCUGACCUCUAUUACUUCGCAGCUGUCUAUAUUUCAAGACGCUCUUGAUUGCUUUGUUGCUAGCGUCUUUAACGGCGACCGGCGACUUCAGCUAGCAGAAGAAAUUGGCGCCAAAAUGAAUAUGAUCAAAGCUAAAGCAGAAUUUUACUGCAACUCCUAUAAACCAGUCUUCAACAUCUCCGAAGAUUCUGUGGGCAUCGGUCGAGUUUCUCUUAAACGAUACAAGAUCAACGACACUGUUGCGAAAUCAACUUUUUCAUGGACGAGGAAUUCAUCGGUGCUUCUGGAACGAUUGGCGGCCUGCGUCCGUCAACUGGAGUCGGUCCUGUUAGUAGGAGAGACGGGAACAGGCAAAACUUCUUCCGUGCAAUAUCUAGCCCAGCUUCUUGGUCAUCGACUUCUCGUCAUCAAUUUAAACCAACAGAGCGACAGUGCCGACCUUCUUGGUGGCUACAAACCAGUCGACUUAAAAUGGAAAAUUUCUCCGAUCCGUCAUGAAUUCGAACGACUAUUUGAAGAGACUUUUAGCUUGCAGCAAAAUGCGAAAUUUUUGUCGCACAUUUCCACUUGCUUUGCCAACCGACGAUGGGCCGAUUUGCUCCGACUCAUGACGCACAGCCAGCAAUCGGCUGUUCAGCGCUGUAAACCAGAGCUUCGAUCUUCUUGGGAACAGCUCGGUUUCCAACUACAACAACUUCGACUACAAAUCCGACACGCCGAUAGCGCUCUUGCUUUCUCGUUCGUCGAAGGAAGCCUGGUGAAAGCUCUUAAACAAGGCGAUUGGGUUUUACUGGAUGAAAUCAAUUUGGCGACAGCUGAGACACUAGAGUGUCUAUCAGGUUUGCUAGAAAGCCACGAAGGAUCCCUUUUCCUGCUGGAACGAGGUGAUCGUGAACCUAUUAAGCGGCACCCGGACUUUCGUCUUUUUGCGGCCAUGAAUCCGGCCACUGACGUCGGUAAAAAGCAAUUGCCUACUGGACUCCGCUCUCGCUUUACCGAAUUCGUUGUUGAUGAGAUUAGCAGCCCUCAUGAUUUGGCUACACUCAUCGGGGAUUACUUAAGAGAAUUAAAUUUGACAGCUUUGCAGAUUGAAGGCAUUGUGCGCUUUUACCUUGAAAUCCGUGGGGAAGCUCUCCGUACUCUUGCCGAUGGAACUGGACGUCAACCGCAUUUCAGCCUGCGGACUUUGUGUCGUGCUUUGGUUGUGGCAGCUUCUAAUCCUUGCGGGACUGUGGCUCGCUCCCUUUACGAAGCAUUCUGUUUGAGCUUUUUGACCCAACUGGAUCGAUCUUCUCAUCCCAUCGUUGAAAAACUAGUUGUCCGCCACGUCGUUGGCAAUAAGAACAUGAAAUCGGUCAUGGGCCAGGCACUCACUCAACCCAAGCCAUUAUGGAAGGGCCAAACGGAAUCCAUUCAAGUCGAAGGCUAUUGGAUACCCAAAGGUGAUCUGGAACCCCACGAAGCUAAGAACUACAUCCUGACAGAUUCUGUCCGCUGCAACAUGAAAGAUUUGGUGCGAGUAGUAUCACUCGGUCGUUUGCCUGUCCUUUUACAGGGCGAAACCUCUGUUGGCAAGACAUCUUUAAUCGGAUAUUUAGCCCAGUUAACUGGCAAUAAGUGUGUCCGGGUCAACAAUCACGAACACACUGACCUGCAGGAGUACGUGGGUUCCUACACAGCUGAUCCCACUACGGGCAAAUUGAUUUUCCGUGAGGGCGUCCUGGUGGAUGCCAUGCGUCAAGGCUAUUGGCUAAUUCUGGAUGAGUUAAAUCUUGCCCCCAGCGAAGUGCUAGAAGCUCUUAAUCGUUUACUGGACGACAAUCGUGAACUCUUCAUUGCCGAAACACAAGAGACAAUCAAAGCUCAUCCGCGUUUCCUGUUGUUUGCUACACAGAAUCCUCCCGGCGGGAAUUAUGGAGGCCGCAAGCUCUUGAGCAGAGCGUUCCGGAAUCGCUUCGUCGAGCUGCACUUUAACGAUAUCCCACCUCAAGAACUGGAGACCAUCCUGCACCGACGAUGUGACAUGCCCCCGUCCUAUUGCAAGCGCUGUGUGGCUGUCAUGGGAGAGUUACAACUCCGCCGGAGAGGUAGUGCAGCCUUUGCCGGAAAACAAGGUUUCAUGACAUUGCGAGAUCUUUUCAGGUGGGCGGAGCGCUACCGCUUAGCAAUAACUGACAGUGCGGCCACUUUCUACGAUUGGGACCAACAUUUAGCCGAUGAGGGUUACCUGGUGCUGGCCGGACGUGUACGUAAAGAUGAAGAAGCCCUAGUCAUCCGCGAAGUAUUGGGCAAACAUUUCAAACGGACGGUGGAUCCGCAGAGACUCUUCACUCUAUCGAACGAAACAUCUCCUGUCACCCGACCUAUUCUGGAAUCCCUCCAGCAACUGGAAGGUUUUGAUCAUCUCGUCUGGACAUUCGCCCUGAGACGUUUGGCUGUCCUUGUCGGACAGUCGCUCCGGUUCGUGGAACCUGUACUGCUAGUGGGUGACACGGGCUGCGGUAAAACGAGCGUCUGCCAAUAUCUCGCCAGUCAGAAGAACUGCCAGCUAAUGACUAUCAAUUGUCAUCAAUACAGCGAGGGAUCCGAUUUCCUCGGCGGCCUGAGGCCUGUCAGAAAUCUUCAGGACCAACAAUCUGAAAGCGGAGUCGUCGAUCGGCUAUUUGAAUGGGUCGACGGCCCGCUCGUACUUUCGAUGAUUGGAGGCCAUUACUUCCUUGCUGACGAAAUAUCUUUAGCUGACGACAGUGUGUUGGAGCGUCUCAACUCCGUUUUAGAACCAGAACGAAGUCUUUUGUUGUCCGAAAAGGCCGGAUCUGGAGAACCUGAAGUGAUCAAAGCUGCUGAUCGAUUCCGGUUCUUGGCCACAAUGAACCCCGGUGGUGACUACGGAAAGAAAGAACUGUCUCCUGCCCUCCGAAAUCGCUUGACGGAAAUUUGGUGUCCCAUGUCAAGAGACAGGCAAGAUAUUAUCGACAUUGCCGAUCACAAUCUAAAGCGGAAAUCGAUCACGACGGUAGACGGCCAGAAUUUAAGCAUAGCCAUUUGCAUUGUCGACUUCGUUGAAUGGUUCUCCAAGUCCGAAACGGGAAGGAAGUCCACCGUCAGCAUUCGUGAUAUUUUAUCGUGGGUCCAAUUUAUCAACGCAGUGACACAACUGGAUCCGGCUUCAGCCUAUGUUCAUGGAGCCUGCUUGGUGUUCCUAGACUCGUUGGGUAACCGGGCCGUCGUCGAAGAGGCAAUCCGUCGACUUGCGGCGCCUGUCAGCACCCAAGUGAACAUUGCAGCCCUCAUGGGUCGUUCAGUUUCGGGAUCUACUGUCAAACUUCAAGAAGGACUAUUUGGAAUUGAUCCUUUCUUCAUCGAAACUGGGCCGAAACCGACCUCUCAGAGCUCGUUCACAUUCAACGCACCCAGUACAUCUGCUAAUCUCGUCCGUCUACUGAGAGCUUUACAACUAAAAAAACCGCUCCUGCUGGAAGGCAGUCCUGGAGUAGGCAAGACCAGUUUGGUGGCCGCUUUAGCUGAAGCCACAGGCCACGAGCUUGUCCGAAUCAAUUUGUCGGAACAAACGGACGUAUCGGACCUCUUUGGCGCUGAUUUGCCCGUCGAAGGAUCCGAAACGGGCGGCAGAUUUGAAUGGAGAGACGGACCGCUGUUACGUGCUCUCAAAGAAGGCCAAUGGAUCGUGCUUGACGAGCUCAAUUUGGCAUCGCAAUCUGUGCUCGAAGGUUUGAACGCCGUUUUGGAUCAUCGCGGUGAACUUUACAUACCGGAAUUGGGUCGAAGCUUCCGAGUCCAACCGCAAAUGACAAAAUUAUUCGCUUGUCAGAAUCCGCUCAAACAAGGAGGAGCACGCAAAGGCCUUCCCAGGUCAUUCCUCAAUCGAUUUACCCAAGUCUACGUCGAUCCUCUAUCGAAAGACGAUCUGCAAUUUAUAGCCCGUUCGGUUUAUCCAGAAAUCGAUCCGGCCGUAAUCGUCAAAAUGGUUGAAUUCAACGAGCAACUCGUGAAAGAAGUGACGCAAUCGGGCCAAUGGGGCUUGAGAGGUGGACCCUGGGAGUUUAAUUUGCGUGACGUUUUCCGCUGGUGCGAAGCGGUCCAGUGCAGCAAAUCUUCCAAUCCUGGCCAAUUUGUUGGUUUGAUCUACGCCGACCGGAUGCGAAGUCUUCAAGACCGUGAAACGAUGCUCUACACUUACGAACGCGUCUUUGGACCGGAAUAUCCAGUCCCCCGCGGUCAGGAUCUUCACGUUUACCUGACAGAAAGUUGGAUCCAAGUUGGUAGUGCCGUUUUACCUCGAGGGAGCCAUCACGGUGACUUAAUCGAUGGCCAUGAAUUGUUGAUCCUUCAAAGAAAUUUACGACCACUCGAGUCGAUGAUGCAUUGCAUCGCACUCAACUGGAUGACCAUCUUGGUUGGCCCGAGAGCUAGUGGGAAAACGAGUCUGGUGCGUUUAGCAGCCCAGUUAACCGGUCAUCCCCUCGACGUCUUGAAUACAAACUCGGCUAUGGAUACAACUGAACUUUUAGGAGGCUUUGAACAAGGAGAUGUCAAUCGCACUCUGGAGGAACUGGCCGCCGAAGUGGACGGACUUAUCCGACGAGCUGUCCGCCGUCGACUCGCAUCAUCUGUGAAGAAUCCGUCAGUUGUGACACUGCUCGAGUCGUGGGAAAAUUACAAAAAGUUGUCGCUGGACUCGCACGAGGUUGUUCGCACUACGGUCGAAGAAGCGCAGCAUCUUGAAAGACGUGCCCAGCUGCUGGGCAAAGUACUGGAGCUCUUGAAUGACAACGCGGAACUGACUGACGUAGCAGCACAAAUUAAAACCAAGCUGGCUAAGGUUGUCCAGCAGUCGAACCGUGUCGCCGGAAUCAGCAGCGGCGGAGGCUGUUUCGAAUGGGUAGACAGCUUGUUGGUCAAGGCCUUGCGUCACGGCCAUUGGCUCCUGGUCGACAACGUCAACCUGUGCAGCUCUUCGGUUCUCGAUCGACUCAACGGACUCCUGGAGCCCGGCGGCCAUCUGGCUUUGAGCGAGCGGGGUGUCAUCGACGGCAAUAUCCCCGUCGUCAAACCUCAUCCGCAAUUUCGGCUCUUCCUGGCCAUGGAUCCCCGACACGGCGAGAUCUCGCGAGCGAUGCGCAAUCGUGGCAUCGAACUCUUCCUGCCCGGCUCUGAAGAACUCGAGUACUCCGACACUGAUUUGGUCUCGGUCCUCUGUCUGGCCGGACUCACGAAUCCCCUGCUGCAACAGAUUCUUCUCCAGUUCCAUCAGUGGUUGUGUCGCGAAUUGCUGCCCACAGGCGAACGGCCCACUUUGACGGAACUCGUUCAGGCGGCGUCACUGACCGCCCAGCGAUUGCAAAUGUUCACCACGGCCAAUCCGCUUUCAUGCCUCGACGACACUUGUGCCGAAGUGUACUUGAGAAACCUUCGAUCGCCGGAGGACAAGGAAGCUGGUCGUCUGGUGCUGGCCACGCUCUUGCAGAGCGCUUUUGUCGGCCAGGCUCCCACCGAUCGCCGUCCGGUCGCCAGUGCCCUUUCGACACGACAAAUUCAACUGUCUUCCGCCUUGGCUCGCACCAGGCAAGCUUCCGUUUUAAUUCAGCAACUGGCCGAUGCGGAUGUCCACCCUGACGCCGUCCUUUUCCUCUAUCUGACGGCCAGCGGUAAAGAUAUUGACUGGAGAAAAGACUGCCUUGCCAAGAAGAUGUCGGCUGGAACACUCAGCGCCCUGAUGGGAGACGUUCUCCGCUCCCAGCUGCCGGAACAUGCCUCUGAGCUUCCGUGGGAUCCCCGCUGGUUCGGCAACGUGUGCCGUCAUCAUUUCAACGCCGACGCGAGCGCCGAAGACUCGCUGGCCCUCGUGAACAACCGGAUAUCUUUGGCCCUGUUCUGGGCAGCGUGGAACGCUUCCAGGACUGGACCGUCAACUCAAUCACAAGGCUCGUCAUUGGCCGAUCUAAGUCGGGCCAUCGAAGCUGGAACCCUGGCCGAAGAAGCUGCCCCCGAUAAGCUCCUGGUGUGUGUUCCUCGGUUCCUGAGCCAACUGGAUAACGCCAUCCAACUGCUCUUCUCUUCCGCCCAAGUCCGGCUGACCAACCAAGAUUGGACCGACCUGAUGGAAGCUCUCGAAAUGAGACGACACAUGCUGGACGUUGAUGCCCUCUCCGUGGAAGGCGAUGAGCUGGAAACAACUUUGUCUCGAGUGGCCCAGUAUUGGUCGUGGCUGCUGAAACGGACUGUGCCGGCCGUUUGCGAACUGCUUCGCCGUUUCCCCGUCACUUCGCUCAACAUGCCAGCCGAAGUGGACCGUAGCCAAGCCGUUGUCUUAUCGCGACGCUUGCGGCGAUGGCUGGAACAGAACGUGGAACCGUUUUUGGACGAAACUCACUCACACCGGGCACGUCUCGUUUCGUCCGUCCUGUCGAGUUGCUGCCUGCCAGCCGUCGUCGCUUCCGCGGAAGGAUCCCAGUUGGUGCGCAGCGUCGCCCGCGUAGUGUCUGAAGGCGAUAUUGACAAGUUGACACAACUGGAACGUGAACUGAAUCGCAUCUCUUUGAAAACGGAAAGUGCAGACGGCGCCGCUCAGCUCCAUCUCCUGUCUCUGAUGGAUCACGUCUUGAUGCUGGGACAUUAUCGCCUGCCCUGCGACUCCCUGUGCGGGUUGGUGUCAGCUGGACCUACUGGCAGCGCGGCUCUCGUUCAGGCCGGACCGCUCCCCUGGAUCGAGUCUCAUUUGGCUCACUGGGAAAUGGUGACGCAAAUGUCGUGGAGCCGUCGCGGGCAAUACCAGGCCGUUUCGCCGCUCUUCUCUCUGACUACCGCCAAUGUCGUGGAGGGAGACGGUCAAGUUCAACUGGGCCAAUCGGACGAGAAGCGGGCAAGAUUAAAGACGCUCAAGGAAAUGCUCUGGACCAAUGCGGACAAGAUGCAACGAGCCGAUUUUGAUCCGCUGCUCAACGACCAUCGCCUGGCCGUCCAGUCGCUUCAGAAAAUGAUUCAAGGUGUUUGUCAUGCAUUGCGGAUUCCGUAUGGAAAUAGCCUGGAUUCCUGGAAACCCUGCGGGGUGAAUUUGCAAGCCAUCGAAACCACCCGACGCGCCUCUGAUUUCGUGGAACAGCCCAGUGGUGUUGGAUCCCUCUGGCUCCUUCAGGGGCUCGCCCGUUGCUUGCUCCUGUCUGCCGGCGACGAAGUGGAUCCCGUCGAAAAACGGAAACUCAAGGCCGUUCUGCGGCGACGCGAAGCCGACAAGGUGGACCAAUUUCUGCGCGUCCAUCGAUUGCAUCACGAACUGGUUGUCGGCGGUGAUUUGGUUAUCGCAACUCAACACCCUCACGUGCGCCACCUGUCCAGUCAGAAGGAGCGACUCGACUCGAAGCUGAACGAGGAGGAGACGCGCAAACCCACUUGGCGCCCCCAAGUGUCGCUCUUCCAGCAGCUAAUCAAAGACAUCCGACACUACGUCAAUUCCGUGGCUUCACCCCAAACGGUGCUGACCCUCCACGACAAACUGCGAGAAUUCAAAAGCGGCCGGGACGAGUCCGGCAUGAUCAUAUCUCAAGCGGAAUUGUGGCUCGCUGCCCAGCGCAGUUUCUACCAGUCGCUCAAAAGCAAAUACAUCGACUAUCCCGAUAUUGUCGUCCCACUUUUGGCCGGAAUCGCUCAGAUGAUUCACGGUGCGGAAUUGCUGGUGAGAAACGUGAAGAGCGCAGCCUGGAGGAGAGAUUUCGGCGACGACACCCUGGAUUGGAGCGAUUCCAUCGCUGACCUGUUUGAUCGCCCGUCUCGAUUGGCGGCGGAACAACCCGCUGGCGUGUUGGCUCAGGCGCAACUCUGCACGUCGACUGAUGUAGGCCGGCUCUUCGACGCAGUGUUCCAUCACCCAAUCGAUCGGAAUCAAAACAAGAAGACGCUUCUCUUUUCCGCCUUGAAAGAUGUCGAGCGAUACUCGUUCCACGCGCGCCGGAUCAACCCGCAAGCCUGGAGCACGCAGACGGCCAUUCUCGACGCGCUGGUGUCGUCGUGGGCGGCAUCGGAGGAGCGCCGGAAGCAGCGUGACAUUGAGAAGGAGAGUCUCUACAAAAGUCGCACGGUGCAUCACGAGGGAGAAGUGAGCGACGCCGAAGCGGAAAAACGGGCACUGGAACAGUUUUUCCCGUCGUACGAAUCGGAAUUCAAAGAGGAAAACGGUCCGGUGGCCAUGGAGAUGGAAGAACCGGAACAGGACGAUCUCUACGACUUUGAGUUGACUCAGCAGGACCAAGAAUUCAUCUGCGAGCGACACGUGUCCCUCCUACUCCGCUGGGCUCGCUCCAUCUUUAUUGGCACAUCGGACGAAUCGACUGCCAACGUAACAUUGUCUUCAUCCGCCGGAGGGUUCUCGAUGCGCUACCCGCUGCUGGGCCGCAUCACGGCAACGCUGGAACCUUGUUUGAGCACACAAUUCGAUCGCCGACUAAUCGGAGCUCACGUUAUCUUCGUGGAGCAAUUGCUGAGGAACGGACAGACGGACGGCGGGACUAGCGACAAAUUCGACUUUUACUACGACGCUCGUGUCGACGAAGCAGUUCAGUGUCGACCUGUCCUGGAACACUUGCGAUCGAGGAUAGCCGACCUACUAAACCAGUGGCCCGGCCACGCCACUCUGUCGGAUGUGGCCAAAUUGAUCGAUCGGAUCCUCUCUUUCGCCGUGGACAGUCCAAUCAUGAAACUGGUGACGGGACUGGAAAUGUUGCUGACCAAGUGUCACGAGUGGGAAGCCAAUGCUCACCGGGGUGUGUCCAUCAGUGAAGACAUUCAUGCCCUGUCGCGUCUCAUAUUACGUUGGCGAACCCUCGAACUGGACGGCUGGAAAUUGUGCCUGGACAAUGUUGAGAGGCGGGCGUCCGCUGGCGCUGCCAAGUAUUGGUUCCAUCUGUAUUCGACCAUCACUUCGUUGUUGAAUGACGAAACGGAAAUGGCGGAAUUGACUCCAGUUCAGUCGACGCUGCGCCAGUUCAUGGAAAGUGCAACGCUGGGCCAGUACGAAAUGCGCUUGCGGAUGCUGAGAGCUUUUGCUUGUCAUGUCGCUCUCUCUGGCCGGCACGAUGCGCUUUUGCGUCUUUUAUGGCACGCUCUCCUCUUUUACGGCCAGUUUUUGCCACUGGUGGUGAAGCGGAAAACCUCCCUGCGCCAGCCCAUCGACAAGAAAGUGCGGGACUUUAUUAAAAUUAUGCGCUGGAACGAUAUCAAUUAUUAUGCACUUAAAGAGGCCGUCCACAAAGCGCACGGAACGCUGCACAAGCACAUGAAGGAAUGGCGCGACAUCCUGGAACAGCCCGCCAGGGUUGUGUUGAGCGAGCCGGGCGUCGACUUGGAAGCGGAAACGGUUUCAUCCCUGGUGCCGAUCCCGGUCGAUCCUUUUAUUGGCAACGCCAAGUCCAUGUCCGGGUUCGACUCCGUUCCACUGGCCGAGCAUUCGAUCCUAUCGCGACUACCCAGUCUUUAUUCCAAGAGCUUGAACCUGUGCGCCAAGACUCUGCGCAAAUCGCCGCUCCAGAAACGCAUCCGCGCUGUUGACGACAUGGUCGCAACGGUCAUCAGUUCCGUCAACCAGCUACAGCGAUUGAAGAUCAUCAGCAACGGGGCAGACAAGGAGCGACAAAAGAACGAGGCCAAGUCCAUCAGCAUGCGGAAGAGAAAGUCGCUCUACCAACUGUUCCGCAGUCUCCAGCAAAUGGGCAUCUCCUACCGCAAAGGCUCGUUCCUCUGGAGCCAGGACAAGGGAUUGGAUUCUCUCGAGCUUGUUCUGCCCAUCCUCGAAGUGGAGGCCUGCUUGGAGCACUUGCCGCAACGAUCGACUCAUUCCGUCAUCCGCCUCGCCUGGGACAAAGGCCCGCACUACUACACCCGCUGUCUGGCGCGUUUGGCGGUUUCGGCCAAAUUGCUGGAAAAGCCAUCGGCCGAACUUGGGCCGGCCACGGUUGAGCGACUCAAAGGAUUCGCCGCUCAAUUCAUGGCCAUCGUUCAAGAUCAAUGGAAAAACUGUUCCACCACGUUGGACAAAUUGGUCCAUUUGCGGAUGUUGACUGCUCAACUCAACGGAUUCCGUUCUUCGGCAGAGACAGUUCCGGAAUCGGCGGUCGUCGUUUAUGAUCUGGAUCACUUGUGGCAACUAGUUGUCGAUACUCUGGCCGUCCUGGAAGAAUUUGAUUCGCUAAUGAAAGCCUGUCCGUCUGGAGCUUUUGAUGUCGUUACGCUCCGUCUGGAUGACGGCACCAUUAAGCCGGUGACCGAGGAAGUCGCUUCGUCGCUCUUAUCCCUGCGAUCUCAGCUGGCCGUCAAAAUGAUGGACGUCCGUCAAGAUAUCGAGAAACACUUCCAUCUUUACCGAAUCGCGUCAACCUCGUCUUGGCUCUUUAACAACGACCACUGGGGGUGCAUCGUCCGUGGCUUUAAGACAGUCGACGAUUCGCAAAAGCUGCUGGAACAGAUGGUCUCGGUUGCCGGUGUCCAGAAUUUCGGCUCCUCCCUGGAACAUCUUAGACGAAGAUUCAACGCCUCCCUCGAGGGAUUUAAAUCGCAAAAGAUGUCCAAUCGAAACGUCGAGUCUAGAGUUGAAGCUGACGACGUCGACCGUCUCUGCCAGACGGUCCUUCACGGAAUCCAAGAAAUCUACAAGAAGUACAACGACGAGACUCGGCCAGAACCGAAAGAAGGCGAAGAAGAAGAGGAAGGAGAUGAUGACGAUUUUGAAGUUGAUCAUCUGACGUCCAAGUUGAUGUCGGAAAUGGAAACCGACUUGAGCAAAGUGUUGAAACUAGAUGGAACCAUGGCGGAAAUGUCGAGACUCGUUGAAAUGGUCAAAGACGACGGCCCUCUCUCUCGCCUCUUGUCCUCUUGUGCUCCCGUUUUCGAUCAGUACGUCUUUGUUGUCGAAUAUUACUUGAGUUCCCAACUGGCCACGCUACGUGCCUCGUCUAAAUUGCUGUCAGUUCUCCUGAACGUGUUUAACCAACUGCUGGAGAAAGGAUUUUGUUUGCCGUCCGAAUUGGACGACUCGAAAGAAGGCGGCUCGGGAACGAAGUUCGAGGACAACGAAUCCGGCGGCCUGGGAGACGGCGAGGGAGCCAAAGACGUUUCCGACCAAAUCGAAGACGAAGAUCAGCUGGACACUGCCCGCCAACAAGGCAAGGAGGAAGAAAGCGAAGAGAAGGACGAUAAAAACGGGCCCAAGGAAGAGGAGAACGGCAUUGAAAUGAGCGAAGAUUUCGACGCCGAAUUGCAGGAUCGCGAGAAACAGGAGAAGGAAGAAGGCGACGAGGAUAGCGGCAAGGAAGACGAUGAAGACGAAGACAAAAUGGACAAGGAAAUGGGUGAAACGGGCGAAGACGCCGAUCAGUUGGAAGAGAAACUGUGGGGCAGCGAUGAAGAAGAUGAUGACGAAUCGGAUCAGGAUCAAGAGGAAGGUCAGGGUGACGGCCAAAAAACGGAAUCGGAAAUGACAGCCAAACAGGGCGAGGACGAGGAGCAGGAAGAAGGCGAAGACGACAAGGGACGCGACAAGAAGAAAGAAAAACCUAAAAAUAUGGACGACGAAGAUGACGAUGAAAACGUCAACGACGAUCAGAUCGAUCCGUAUCACACAUCGCAAGAGCCACCACCGGAACCGGAACCCCUUGACGUGCCUGACGAUCUCAAUCUCGACGGCGGCAACCCCAAAGACAAGGACGAAGAAGAAGGGGAAACGGAAGAAAAUCCCUUUGACAUCGACGCCAUGAAAAAUGAAAUGGAAUUAGAAGAUGAAAAAGAAGAAAAGAAUGACGAGUCGAAGGAAGAGGACCAACCCAAUGCGGAUGGCGUCGAGGAAGAUGCAGUCGACGACUCGGCCGAAUCGAAAGAAAAUGAUCAGAAACCAAAGGAUGGCGAUGAGGAGGAAGACGGCGGAGAGGAGAGUCAAGAAAAAGAAAUGGAUGAGGCCGCUGAAGGGGACGAUCCUCAACAGGCGGAUGCUCCUGAUCAGGCCAUCCCUUCUAUGGACCAACCCUCAGAAAAUGAUGCCCAGCCGGCCGCUGAAGAAUCUGUCAAAGGAUCGCAAGAUAAAACGGCCCGCAAAGACACGGUGGAAAAUAAACCGGAAGAGGAUGGCGGCCAGAAUCAAGAGGCGGAAAACGAAGAAGUCGAGGGAGUCGGAAUGGCGGAAUCACGUCAGAAUCAAGGACACGAAGGACAGGAAAAGUCCAAAGUGAAUCGGAAAACUCUCAAGGAGGAGGACAAAGACGAAGAUAAAGGCAAAGGAAAGCCAAGGAAGCCUGGCCAAUCGGAUCCUAAUCGAGCGCUAGCAGACCAGCGCAAGGAACGAGUCUUGCAGGUACACACGACUGAACGAAAGUCGCAACAGGAUGACGAUGAAGGACCCGAGCAAGAUGAAACUGCCGCUAAUGAAGAAAAUCUUUUCGAGCAUGUGAAGAAAGUCGAUCAGCUGCACGACGCUCUGGCCAAAGACGCUGCCACUGAGGAGCAAGCCAAAGAACAGCUCUCCGUUUUGCAGGAGAAAGACGAAAGCGACGAGUUGAAGGAUAAGCAGGAUGAAGAGGACGAUGACGUGGCAAUGAAGGACGAUGACAUUAUUGAAGAUCAAAGUCCCAUCGAUCAACAAGAAGCUGAAAAAAUUUCCGACUCGAAGAAAAAGGGUCGAAGACGUGGCGAGCCCCAAGGCAUGGAAGAAGAUAUGGAAGAGAAUCCUGUCGAAAUCGAAGGUGAAAUCGUCCCGACAAUGACCGCACAGCGAGGACCAGAAUCUAGUUUCGUCACCCAAUCAGAGUUGAUGUUAGCUCCCGAGUCUAUUGUGCCGAUGGAAAUUGUUGAACAACUCAGAUGCGACUUGGAACAGCGACUGGCCACCUGGUCGACGGCAAAUAUUGACGAUUCGGAAGGUCAGGAUACUUGGCGAAAAUUGGAAAUGGUAACAUCCGGUCUUGCACAGGACUUAUGCGAACAGCUCAGAUUGAUUCUAGAACCAUCCCAGGCAUCCAGAUUGAAGGGUGACUAUCGAACCGGCAAGCGCCUGAAUAUGCGCAAAGUGAUUCCAUACAUUGCUAGUCAGUUUAGAAAAGACCGCAUCUGGUUACGUCGCACCAAGCCGGCCCAGAGGAAUUAUCAAAUUGUUCUGGCUGUCGACGAUUCUUCGAGCAUGGCUGACAACCGUUCGAAAGAACUGGCCUUUGAAUCAGUGGCUUUAAUCAGCAAAGCCCUGUCGUUGUUAGAGGCUGGCCAACUUGGAGUCGUCUCGUUUGGAGAGCAGGUUCAGCUGCUGCAUCCACUUCAUGACACAUUUAAUGACACGAGCGGGCCGAGGAUAUUGCAGCAGUUCACUUUCGAGCAGAAGAAGACGAAAAUCUCGGAGUUGGUCGAUUUCGUCAAUGCCCUAAUGAGCCAAGCGCGUUCGACUUCGUCGGCGCAGAUGUCAUCGACCGCUCAACUUUUGCUGAUUGUAUCGGACGGGCGCGGCUUGUUCAGCGAGGGAUCCGAAUGCGUCCACCAAGCCAUCAGGCGGGCCAAGCAGGCCGGCUUGUUUAUGGUAUUUGUCAUUCUCGACAAUCCGGAGGGAAAGGAUUCCAUUCUCGACAUUCGCGUGCCCCUCUUUGAUCCGUCAAACGGCAAACUUCUCGGUAUUAAGCCAUACCUAGACAGUUUCCCGUUCCCGUUUUAUGUCAUCCUCCGGGAUAUCCAAACGUUACCCGUCGUCUUGAGCGACGCUCUCCGCCAAUGGUUUGAAUUGGUCACGUCCUCAUCCAACGUCUAACACAACGGGUAACGGUCUUGUUUCAUAUAUUUCUACCCCCCCCCCCCCCCAUUCGCGUUACAUUUUCUUUUCUUACCCUGAUUUUUUUGCCUUUCUUUAUUUUUUUUCCCUUGAGAGUUGUGAAAUACAACAACUGUCGUUAAUUUCUCUCCAA